AUGACUUCAGACUCCAAGUUCAAUGGUCUCCCACUCUGGAAAGACAAGCCAGUGAAGACGAAGUUGUCUGGCCGUCUCCUACUGGAUACCCCGUUCUUGAACAAAGGCACUUGUUUCACCCACGAAGAACGCCAUGAGUUCGGUCUUCAUGGCCUCCUGCCGACCAAUGUGCAGAAUAUCGAUCAGCAGGUUGCUCGGGCCUACCAACAGUACUCGUCUCUGCCCGACGAUCUUGCCAAGAACAACUUCAUGACCUCAAUGGCUGGGCAGAACUCUGUUCUCUACUACCGUCUCAUUCUGGAUCACAUCACAGAGAUGUUCUCAAUCAUCUAUACACCCACCGAAGGUGACGCCAUUGAGAAUUACUCUCGUAUUUUUCGUCGGCCUGAAGGUUGUUUCCUUCCCAUCGGCCAUGUUGAUGAAGUCGAAGAACGCAUGUCGAAGUUCGUCGUACCUGACCAAGACGGCAACGGAGUCGACUACAUCGUUGUUUCUGAUGGCGAGGAAAUUUUGGGGAUCGGCGAUCAGGGCAUUGGCGGAAUUCUUAUCUCGACGGCCAAGCUGGCCCUCACUACCGCUUGUGCCGGCAUCCACCCCAACCGCACGCUCCCCGUUGUUCUCGACACGGGAACUAAUAAUGAGGAGCUCCUCGAAGAUGAUCUAUAUCUAGGCAUCAAACACCCACGAGUCCGGGGCGAGAAGUACGAUGAGUUGGUCGAGAACUUCAUCAACACGGCGAACAAGCUCUUCCCAAACGCGUACAUUCAUUUCGAGGACUUUGGCGUCACGAAUGCACGUCGAUUGCUGGAUAGAUACCGUAAGCGGACUGCUUGCUUUAAUGACGAUAUUCAAGGCACGGGCUGUGUCACUCUGGCGGCCAUAAUGGCGGCGUUAAAGAUCAGCAAGCUCAAACUGACCGACAUGCGUAUGGUUGUGUUUGGAUCAGGCAGUGCUGGCUGUGGAAUUGCUGAACAAGUCCAAUCUGCCAUUGCAGCAGAGGCGAAUAAGUCAAAGGACGAGGUCAAGCGGAAUAUCUGGUGUGUGGAUCGGGAUGGGCUUAUACUGGACCAGAUGGAUCUCUCAAUCGCUCAAAAGCCGUUCGCUAGGGCAGCCUCUGAAUGGAGCGGUAAAGAUACUAAGUCUCUGCAAGCCAUUAUUGCAGAAGUAAAGCCGCAUGUACUCAUUGGCACCUCGACAAAGCCUGGAGCGUUCACUCAAGAAGUGGUCGAAGAAAUGGCAAGACAUGUUGAGCGACCUGUCAUCUUCCCUCUAUCGAACCCGACUCGAUUGCACGAAGCUCAGCCUAGCGACAUUAACAAGUGGACUAAAGGAAAAGCCCUCAUUGCUACUGGAUCUCCCUUCCCACCGGUCGAGUUUGAAGGCAAUAAGUAUGAAGUCGCUGAGUGUAACAACAGCGUCUGCUUCCCAGGUAUUGGACUCGGCGCUGUUCUGUCCAGGGCCAAGCUUCUUACCGAUAAGAUGCUGGCUGAGGGCGUGAGAGCACUGGCAGACGCGAGUCCAGCGCUCAAAGAUGCCAAUAAAGGAUUGGUUCCUGAUGUCGACCAAGCAAGACCGGUCAGUGUCAAGAUAGCAAUGGCUGUCAUUAGAGCUGCUCAAGAUGAAGGUCUGGCGAGGACCAGUCAUAUUCCAGAGAGCGAUGAAGAGCUCGAACAGUGGGUUAAAGCUCAAAUGUGGGAGCCUACGUACAAACGGUACGAAAAGGUCUAG